CAGCUUGACUUUGUCCAAUCACAUGCACCCAAAACAAGGAAAUGGGCUGUCGCUGUUUGUCGCUGCCUGUAUGUGGAUGAUGGACGCAGUUAGCUAGUGAGCUAGUCUUCAAAUUCACUGAAAGGUGGCCAUAAACAUAUUUAAACGUGGACUUUCGCUGAGGUGUUCACGCACGAGACCAGGUCAAUAAAAGCUGGCUCUGGAAACUGAUGUUUGACAUGUGUGACUGCAGCAGAAUGACCGACGACUUUGAGAGACAGGAUGCCCGCUCCAGCGGGGAGCUCUGGACCGAGAUCUGCUCCAGUCUGCCCGAGGCUGUUCCGGAGAACAACACCGAGUUCAGAGACUCGUUCCAGCCGACAGAACAAGUGGAAGUGGUGGUCAGUGGUCAGAAUAACGGGACACACAUCAGUUCUUCCAGUGACGAUAAGUGGGAGCCCAUGGAGGACUCUGAGAUCUACAUAGCCAGUUUAGAGAACCGUCUGAAGAAGUUAAAAGGCCAGACCAGUGACGUCACGUCCAGGGACAUGUUGCGCUCAUUGUCUCAGGCUAAAAAAGAAUGCUGGGAUAGAUUCCUGCACGAUGCCCAGACCUCGGAACUCUUUCAAGGAGGAGACCUGGAUGACAGUGCCCUGGAACAUUUCAAAAGGUGGUUGAUACCUGAGAAGGUGGCCAUCAGUGCAGAGGAGCUGGAAUAUCUACUGAGGCCAUCCCAGAAUAAGGACCUAGCGGAAACCAACCAGUCACAAAAUGAAGAGGACACAGACGGAGAGAAACAGGACCCCGAGGACCAGGACACUCACAGUCCUGAGAAAUAGGUGUGUGUUAAAAAGACUGAAGGACUCAUUUUAAGUGGAUUCAGUAUGUGUGAGUUUGUAGCCUCUGCAUCCAUUCUGACUUGUGUUAUAUCUUAUUCCUGUUGUGGCCAAAGCUUUUGUUAUCAGCGGUGAAAGAAGGUAAUUACGGCCCCCUUUUUUUUUGGUUUCCCCAGCAACCGAGUGUUACACACAAGUCAUCCCUUCAACCACAAAUCUAAAAUCUAAGGGUUUGAAUGUCGACUUUUCUCUUGUCUUCCUAAUUUCAGAAUUAGCAUCUAGUCUGUGUCGUGAUUCAUAAUUAAUUAGUUAAUCAGAUUUACAAGAUAUGGCACAAGCAAUGAAUAUUUUAGAGAGGCGUUGUUUUGUGUCACCUGAAGUAGGAGGACUUAUGUCAUGUAAUCCUGAAUAUAUUGUACCAUACUGUGUAACAUCGUUUAUUUUUCACAUGUAGAUUUCCAAAAAAAAUGUUUUAACCCAGUUGCAAUAAAAACAACUAUUCUAUGUUCACUGUUAUGUUUGGUUAAAUAGCAGAGGCUCUUUGUGCUUUGUUAGGUUCAAUUUCAGAUUUGCACAAUAAAACGGGUAACUGGUUUUAA